AUGGCUCGUCGCGGCGCGGGCGGCGCACCCCUUAGCGCCCGGGCCGCCGCGGCCAGCCCCCUGCCGCCGCGCCCGCCAUUCUGGGCCCCGCCGCGCCCGCCCCUGCUGCUGCUGCUGCUGCUGCUCCUGGGGGCGGCGCGGAUAGGCGCCCUGGAGAUCCAGCGCCGGUUCCCCUCGCCCACGCCCACCAACAACUUUGCCCUGGACGGCGCGGCGGGGACGGUGUACCUGGCGGCCGUCAACCGCCUCUACCAGCUGUCGGGCGCUAACCUGAGCCUGGAGGCCGAGGCGGCCGUGGGCCCGGUGGCCGACAGCCCGCUGUGUCACGCCCCGCAGCUGCCGCAGGCCUCGUGCGAGCACCCGCGGCGCCUCACCGACAACUACAACAAGAUCCUGCAGCUGGACCCCGGCCAGGGCCUGGUGGUCGUGUGCGGUUCCAUCUACCAGGGCUUCUGCCAGCUGCGGCGGCGGGGCAACAUCUCGGCGGUGGCCGUGCGCUUCCCGCCCGCCGCGCCGCCCGCCGAGCCCGUCACGGUGUUCCCCAGCAUGCUGAACGUGGCGGCCAACCACCCGAACGCGUCCACCGUGGGACUGGUCCUGCCGCCGGCCGCCGGCACCGGGGGCAGCCGCCUGCUCGUGGGCGCCACGUACACGGGCUACGGCAGCGCCUUCUUCCCGCGCAACCGCAGCCUGGAGGACCACCGCUUCGAGAACACGCCCGAGAUCGCCAUCCGCUCCCUGGAUGCGCGCGGCGACCUGGCCAAGCUCUUCACCUUCGACCUCAACCCCUCCGACGACAACAUUCUCAAGAUCAAGCAGGGCGCCAAGGAGCAGCACAAGCUGGGCUUCGUUCGCGCCUUCCUGCACCCUCCCGACCCGCAGCCGGGCGCCCAGACCUAUGCGUACCUGGCGCUCAACAGCGAGGCACGCGCGGGCGACAAGGAGAGCCAGGCGCGGAGCCUGCUGGCGCGCAUCUGCCUGCCCCGCGGCGCCGGCGGCGACGCCAAGAAGCUCACCGAGUCCUACAUCCAGCUGGGCUUGCAGUGCGCGGGCGGCGCGGGCCGCGGCGACCUCUACAGCCGCCUGGUAUCCGUCUUCCCCGCGCGCGAGCUGCUCUUUGCGGUCUUCGAGCGGCCACAGGGGGCCCCGGCGGCCCGCACGACUCCGGCCGCGCUCUGUGCUUUCCGCUUCGCCGACGUGCAAGCCGCGAUCCGCGCCGCGCGCACCGCCUGCUUCGUGGAGCCCGCACCCGACGUGGUGGCCGUGCUCGACAGCGUGGUGCAGGGCACCGGGCCGGCCUGCGAGCGCAAACGCAACAUCCAGCUGCAGCCGGAACAGCUGGACUGCGGGGCCGCCCACCUGCAGCACCCCCUGUCCAUCCUGCAGCCCCUGAAGGCCUCGCCCAUGUUCCGAGCCCAGGGCCUCUCCUCCGUGGCCGUGGCCAGCGUGGGCAACUACACGGUGGUCUUCCUGGGCACAGUCAGUGGCCGGCUGUUCAAGAUCAACCUGAACGAGAGCAUGCAGGUGGUGAGCAGGAAGGUGGCGACGGUGGCCUACGGGGAGCCCGUGCACCACGUCAUGCAGUUUGACCCGUGCACCCUGCGGCAAGACUGCGCCAACUCCAGCCAGCCGCGUUUCUGGACCAGUGCCAGCGAGGGCCCCGGCCGCUGUCCCGCCGUGACCGUCCUGCCGGCCGAGAUCGAUGUGCACCAAGAGUACCCGGGUAUGAUCCUGCAGAUCUCUGGGAGCCUGCCCAGCCUCAGCGGCAUGGAGAUGGCCUGUGACUAUGGAAACGACAUCCACACUGUGGCUCGGGUCCCGGGCCCUGCCUUUGGCCACCAGAUCGCCUACUGCAACCUCCUGCCGAGGAACCGGUUCCCGCCCUUCCCACCCCACCAAGACCACGUGACCGUCGAGAUGGGGGUGAGGGUCAACGGGCAGAACAUCGUCAGGGCCAGUUUCACCAUCUAUGACUGCGGCCGCGUUGGGCAGGUGUAUCCCCACACAGCCUGCACCAGCUGCCUGUCGGCACGGUGGCCCUGUUUCUGGUGCACCCAGCAGCACUCCUGUGUUUCCAACCAGUCUCGGUGUGAGGCCUCACCAAAUCCCACGGUAAGCCAGGCCCAAGGGUGCCCUCUGCCUCCAGUGUUCGUUUUUCCCCAUUUAGUAUGUUGAGAACAUUUCUGUAUCGUUAAAUUUUCUUCCUUCGCUCCAGAGUUAACAGCUCUGCCGGGCUCAUCCCAUCACAGUGCAUUUAACCAAUCCCCUCUUGCUGGCCGUGCUGAUCCUUCCUGUUUCUUUUUUGCGUCCUGAUACGUCCAGGGCACUGUGCACGGCCUUGAUUAUUCCCUGGAGACCAGUUCUUCA